UUGGUGAUGAACAUGAUGCCAUGUUACUCCUCUUCUUCUCAUUAUCCAAACCACCACCGCCCCCCAAUUAACGCAGAAACUAUUCUCUUCAAUCCCACAAUGGCCGCAACUCUUUCACUCUCUUUCUCCUCUUUGGACCCACACAAUCAUAACCGUUUCAACAUCAUCACAGCCAAAACCACUCGCCGAAAUUUCUCUUUCACACCCCCACUUCCCCAUAACAAACCCCCCCACUUCAAACUCUUCUCCACUUCAUCUUCCUCCCAAUCCCAAACCCUAACCGAUUCCUUCCUCAAACCAGGUAAAUUCCUCACAAACACCGAACUCACCACCCUCCACCACCUCUCCACUUACCUUUACACUCACACCCUCAAAUCCGGCACGGUUUGGGUUCGAGUAAUGCGUGACAGCGAAGUUGACGCUAUUGUUUGCUUGCUGGCGAAUUCUUUCGCUGAAUCGAUGAUGUUUCCGAAAGGGUAUAUUAAUGUGUUGAGAUUUCUUGUGAAACAGUAUUUGAUUGAAAGGAGGAGUUUGAUGCCGCAUAUGGCGACGUUGAUUGCGUUUUAUAAAGGAAGUGGUGUUAAUGGUGAUGGUGAAGAAGAGGAAAUGCAAUUGGCUGGGACUGUUGAGAUUUCUUUUAAUGUUUAUGGUGCUAAUUCUACUCUUCCGUCGCCUGAUCCGCCGAAAGAUAAGCCUUAUAUUUGUAAUAUGGCUGUGGAUAAAUCUCUUAGAAGGAGGGGCAUUGGAUGGCAUCUUCUAAAGGCAAGCGAGGAACUAAUUUCUCGGAUGAGUUCAUCAGGAGAAGUGUACUUGCAUUGCAGAAUGAUUGAUGAAGCUCCAUUUAACAUGUAUACAAAAGCUGAUUACAAAAUUGUAACGACAGAUAGUAUUUUAGUCCUGCUGUUGUUGCAGAGACGCAAACACUUGAUGUGCAAGAAACUUCCUCUCAUAAAUAUGCCUUCAGAAACAGAUGUGCCAUUUUCUAAUGACUAUGAAUAAAAGACAACAUGUAUGUGUUCAAGGUUGCUUAAUAUUUUGAUAAUCAAUGGUAGCAAAUAUGAUCAAGGUCGUUUUAAGUUUACCGGAGAAUGGAGAUUGGUUUCAGGAAUUCUUAUAUAUUUCUCUUAUCUGUAGGAAAGAGACCUGUUAUGUUACAGGUAAAUGACUAAAGAAUGAUUUCCAAUUUCUUUGUUUACUUCAUUCCUGAUAGCUAAAUGAUGAAAAGAUUGUAAAGAUUGUACUUCAUCAUAAAUUACCAGGUUAUGACAUCAUUCUUUCUUAAAGAACCUGCGAAUAUUAAAGAUGCAUGGAAAAUACACAUAAAAUUUGCUCUGGAUUUCUUCAAUUCAAUCAAAACAAUAAUUUCUGUAUGUGCAUCAAGUAUUUAUAUUUCAAUCUUUAAAUUUGAAAGUGGCAGGCACAUUGGAUCUAUUGAACUGUACCAAUCCUGGCUGAAAGAAAAUAAUAAUGCUAGGGUUUGAAGGUGUGGUAGAAGUAGACCAAGGGUGAUGAUAAGGUUGAAGAAUAGAAAAAGAAACGCUCUUUUAGAUUUGUCCACAAUGGACUUAGUUCCUCAUCUUGUAAGAUCAUCAAAUUACUUGUGUUUUGUAUACAAUUGUGCAAAAUACUUGUGCUCAUGUUAAUUGGUUUGGUGUAUAUAUAUGGAAAACUUCCAAAUAGAGUUCGCUCUUUUUUAUUUUAUUUUCAAUGAGAUGUUGAAACAUAUUGUACAAGAGCAUCAUUGACCGAUGGAAAACUUCCGAAUAGAUUUGUCCAUAAUUCUAAUGUGUAAACUUUUGAUUUCACUUGAUCAGUCUCAA